AUGGUAUAUAAACGGAUGGUGGAGAUCGGCCGCGUGGUCUUCGUUGCCAAAGGUGAUGGUGAUGGAAAAUUGGCAACUAUUGUUGAUGUUGUUGAUGGAAAUAGAGCCUUGAUUGACGGACCAACUACAGGGGUGAGACGUUCGGUUCGUAAUUUUAAAGACCUCCAUCUGACGAAAUUUCGUAUACCACUGAGGCAUGGAAUGCGCACAAAAAAUGUCAAAAAGGCAUUUGAUGAAGCAAAAAUUGGCGAGAAAUGGACAGAAACUUUAUGGGCACAAAAGCUUGCUAAAAAAGAAAUUAAAGCAAAAAUGACCGACUUUGACCGGUUCAAAUUGAUGCGUGCCAAACAGCUGCGAAACAGGUUGGUGCGUUUGCAAAUGGCCAAAUUGAACAAAGCAAGAAAAGCCGAGAAACUGGUUAAAAAGAAGUAA